AUGACAAAAGAUAUAAAUUUCUAGUGGAAAUUCGUCGCCAGAGAACUGAAAGUGUGUUUCAAUAAAAGAGAGCUACAAUAGUGCAUAACAAGGUUAAGAAGUUGGAGUAAUAUCAAGGACCUUGAAUUGCUUGCUUAAUUUUCUUUAGAGUGUUUCAACCGCAGAGAAUACCAGUAAAGCAAAGACUACUUAAAGAAGUUAAUUCAUUAUGCAGACUCUGAAUCAAGUGAGAAUUUAAAGUCAUUGAAUACAAUCAAUUAUCUAAAACAAAUUGCUUCUAAUUGUGAUUCAGAAUAGUUAAGUAUGAUUUUGGAAAUAUUUCUUAAAAUCUGUCUACCUCAAUGUUUAAGUCCUUAAUUGUUGAACUAGGUACAAGAAUUAUAAAGUAUUGAAAUUAUUAAUUAAUUCAUUACAUUAUUAUAAAGAAUAGUUUAUAUGAAUGAAAUAGAUUAAUUAAUUGAACAGCAUAAUAUUAUUUAAUACUUAUUGGAUGUAACACUAGAACUGGACGAUUUCAAAGAGUGGUUUUAAAUCAUUGAAUACUUAUGCAAUUAUCAUUCAAAACCUUCUCUUUACGUAAUUUUAAAUUCAUUUUCAAAUAGUUUAAGAACCUUAUUAUUCCUUGUUUAAAGUUAUUACAAUACGAUUCAAACCAAGUCACUCUACAAGUUAUUGAAAGUAUGUGCAAUUGUAAAACGGAUAGAAGAGGAGCGAUCAAUUAUUUACUUAUCAUUCCAGGAUUCAUUGAUUUGUUGAUAAAUAAUCUCUCUAAAUCUUUCAAUAUCAUCAGCCAUAUUAUUGAAUAAUCCGAUGAUGGUACAACUAAAUUAAUUUAAAUGGACCUGUUUAUUAAAUUGCAUAAAUUAUUGGAAGCAGAUUAAUCAUUAAAAACUACAUUCAUAUAUCUCAUUCUCUUAAUAUGUUUUUACAGAACUGAUACUAUAAUUCUUAAACUUAUUGAGUCAUAACUAUUUUAUUAAAUUCUUGCAUUAGAUGAAUAAACUUUACAAAAUGAUGAUUUGAUAUUGAUAAGUCGAAUGCUUCUUUAUUUAAUUAAGAAGUACUCUAACGAAUCCUUCUAUCUAUAUCUUAUUUAGAAGACCUUAUUUAUUAACAUGUUAGGAUAGUUGCUGAAUAAAAUUGAACUACAAGAAGUUUAUAAUAAUACGAUACAUUCAAUCAUUCAUAUAGCAUUCUCAUAAUCAAUAGAAUUUUCCAAAAUAUUUAGAUAAGUAAUCAUUUGAUCCAAUUAAUUAGAGUAUUUUUAUGAGACCUGUUGAGGAAUAAUUAUAAAAAAACAAUUCAAAAGAUGCAAACAUUGAUGAUAAAAUAUAAGAAUUUUUAAAUAUUAUAUAUAAAUGA